AUUUUUCUAACAGGUUUAUAGAAUAGUUAGCAUGACGUUGCCAGUCAUACACGUACGUAUGCUCUCCAAAGCUGGUAUUUUUAUUGCCAUCUCUGCAAUUUUAUUCCAAUUUAUUUAUGAAGCGCAACCAACUGCAUUCAUUGAUGAAAUCUUCCAUGUUCCACAAGCACAAAAAUUUUGUGAUGGUCAUUUUAAUGAGUGGGAUCCAAAAAUCACCACCUUACCAGGAAUGUACAUUAUGUCAGUGUUUGUUCUUGGCCCUCUGACUUGGUUGACUGGCAAGGGUUUGUGUAGUUUAUGGGUGUUACGUUUCUUCAAUGUUAUAUACAACACAUGCAAUGUGCUUUUGUGUUACCUUAUUUUGAAGAAGUUACGUGAAAAAGUUAAUCCAAAGGAAAAAUCGGACAGUUUAAAAGAAGAGGAAAAAGAUAACAAAGAAAUUGAAGAAGACAGCAUUCAGUGGGCUUCCCUUGCUAUUGGAUUUUUUCCACUGCUUUACUUCUAUUCAUUUCUCUACUACACUGAACCAGGCUCCACAACAGUGGUUCUUCUCGCAUACCUGGCUUGUAUUAACGACUACCACAGAACUGCUGGUGUUUUAGGAGUCGUUUCGAUAUUAUUUCGGCAAACGAAUAUAAUGUGGGUUGUAUUCAUGGCUGGAAUAACUGUCUCGGAAAAACUGGAUGACAUUGAUGCGGUUGAGAAAAUACAAGCAUCUCCUGAAUUAAAGGAUAAGCUAGCAAGAUUCUUUGCAAAACUUUUGGCAGCAGUUGUGCGUUACCUUUUAGCAGUUGACCACUUAUUAACAAUCUUCAACUUGAUUUGGCCAUACCUGUUAGUUCUGUGUGGGUUCGGUGGCUUCGUCUAUCUUAACCAAGGCUUAGUGGUAGGAGAUCGUAGCAGCCACCAAGCUGUCCUUCAUCUUGCCCAGCUUCUAUAUUUCUCUGGCUUCACUCUUGUAUUUUCAUUCCCGAUAUUAGUGACAAAAGACAAAAUUACGAGUUUUUGGCAAAUGGUCCAGCAACGGCGCAAUGAGUGUUUGGUCUCUGCAGCAAUCUGUUGUUACAUCCUCUUCAGCUACAGUCACGAACAUCCGUAUCUACUUGCCGACAACAGACAUUACGUGUUUUACGUUUGGAGGUGGUUUUUAGGCCGCACAGCCUUGCGUUACUUUGCCGUACCUGUGUACAUGUACAGCGCAUGGAGCAUAAACGACAGUCUAUCUAAAAAAUGUACCUCGCUGUGGAAGCUCGUUUAUUUCAUAUGCGUCGCAUGUUUAACUGCGCCACAAAAACUUCUGGAAUUCCGAUACUUCAUUCUGCCGUUCGUUCUAUUCCGUUUAAACGUCGUCCAACAAACAAGGACCAUUAUCUUUCUGGAGCUACUAAUCUACGCAGUAAUAAACGCUCUCACUGUUGCUAUAUUUCUCCAAAAGACAUUUACCUGGUCUGACAUAUCAGAGCCUCAGCGUAUUAUAUGGUAGAAGUAAAAACGCCCAAAAAAGUAUUUAAAGAGGCCCUUCUUCGCUGCCAUGCGUAUAUGUUGCCCUAUAUCUAGCCGUCCCAACUAACAGCACCUUUCUCUGAAUACCUAGUAAUUGUUGGUGUCUUUUUGCGUUCUGUUAUAUUAUUGUUCUAUGUAUUAGCUGUAAUACCAUGUUCCCAAAAUAUGACUCAUGUAAUGUGUCAAGUGCAGUACCGACCUCACUGUCAACUGCAGACGCCUGGUCGCUAAUUUAUCAUGCACACGUUUGGUCUAAAACUGUUAAGUGCUAGCGGUGUAUACUUUACUAACAAAAACAAUAUUGAAAUUUACCAUCAUAAGCUAUGCCUUAUCAACUGAAAUUAAGAGCACUGUAUUUUAAAAGUACAUUAUAUAACUCUUCUUUAUAUUAUAAAUCGUAGAGCAUAACUAUGUAUUCAUCUGUCCUUAUUGCACUAAGCGUUUGUACAAUCUGAUGUCUUUCGACCAUGAGAUUUUUUCCGCAGUUCAAUUACACAAUCUGAGUGUUGAAUAAACCGAUGUUUUCAGUGAGAAAAA